AUGGAUAAGAUCAAUGUGGACAGUUACAGUGACGAGCACGCGAAUGAUCUGAAGCGGACAAACACUUAUCUGAGCAUAUCUCCGGAGCUUUUUGAGAAGCUUUAUCUCUCUCCAAAGGCUCAAACGCAUGGAGAGUUGCGUCGGACCUUCGGCAACCCAACGCCUGUGGGAGUGCUCGGCUUCUGUGUUGCUCUGACCCCAGUAUCUGCUGAAUUGAUGGGUUGGCGUGGUGCCAGCGGUACUUCAGCAACAAUCGGUGCCAGCUACUCUUUUGGAGCAACUCUUCUUAUGCUGUCAGGAAUCGCGGAAUUUCUACUUGGCAAUACUUUUCCUAGUGUAGUAUUUUUGGCCUAUGGAUCGCAUUUUCUUACUAUGGCGAUAACCUACACACCAUUUUUCGCUGCUAUCUCAUCCUAUAAUGCCGACGGCAGCCAGGAGCAGUCUCCAGCAUUUUUAGCAACCUUUGGGUUCUACGCCGUUUGCAUGACAACUUUGUCGUUCAUAUUCCUCAUUUGCUCUCUCCGCACAAAUGCCGUCUAUGUCGCCGUCUUCGCCAGUGGUGCCAUAGGAUUUGGUCUCUUCAGCGGUGCAGCAUGGAAUAUUGCUGCGGGAAACGAUACUAUGGGCAAGCACCUUAUCGUGGGUACAGGUGCAUGUUUUUUCGUUGCGUGUAUGGCUGGUUGGUAUCUUUUAUUCGCCAUUAUGAUGACUGCUGUCGAUAUGCCUUUUGCAGUUCCGGUAGGGGAUCUCAGCACCAUGAUUAAAGGCAUGUCUGAUGUAGAACGAAACAACUAG